AAAUAAUAAUAACUAUUGAGAAAUUAUUUCAAUUUUGUUAAAUCGUAGCACCAAUUUGUUUUCUGCUUUCAUAUUUUCUUGAGUGGUCCUAAGAAUCGCACUAGAAACUUGAAUGAAAGGACUUCCAGUGGAACAAGGUAUAAAUCAUCAAAAGAAUAGAAAAGACCGGUGAAAGUACCAAAAUCCCGAUAUAUCCUAGGCAUUCACCAAAAGGAAUGUAACUUAGUGACCCUUUCUCACAUUUUAAAAUAAAGUACUAAAAUUUUAUAUUGUUAAAUUAAACAGAAUGUGUGACUUUCUUACCAACUUAAACUUGUUGGGCUACUCCUCUCGGAUUUAGCUUUUGUUACAAAGGAUUGAUGGGCUUGGGUAUUCAGCCAAUUAGGUCAGGCGCCAUCAUUAUAACUUGAGUGAGGCAGAUCAAUAAGUACUAAUGGGCCUCCGAUUCAAGUUCAGUUUAUUCUUCUUUUCUCUCGUACCAAACACUAAAAACAACUUUUCAUUUUCCUUCUGGCCAAUCAUACUGGAGCAAAAUUUUCCCACCAAACAAACGGCGGAGAAUUCUUCUUCGGUCUGAUGGCUCCUCCCAAGAAAUCGAAGAAAACCAAAAGGGAUUCAAAGAAAUUGAAGAAGAACAGAAGCGCGAGCGUAGUUCCUACAGAGAACAAAGCCACUGAGUCUGACUGGUGGGACAGCUUCUGGCAGAAGAACUCUAUAAGCCCAGGUUCAACAGUACCGACUGAUGAGGAAGAAGGAUUCAAAUAUUUCUUCCGUGUAUCAAAGAAAACUUUUGAUUACAUCUGUUCACUUGUGAGAGAGGAUCUGGUUUCAAGACCACCUUCAGGCCUCAUCAAUAUUGAGGGAAGGCUUUUAAGUGUUGAGAAACAAGUUGCAAUUGCCUUGAGAAGAUUAGCCUCGGGUGAAUCCCAAGUUUCAGUUGGAGCUUCCUUUGGAGUUGGCCAGUCUACAGUUUCCCAGGUGACUUGGAGAUUCAUUGAGGCAUUGGAAGAGCGAGCCAAGCAGCAUCUCAAGUGGCCUGAUGCCAGUAGAAUGGAGGAAAUUAAAUCCAAAUUCGAGGAAUCUUUCGGGUUACCUAAUUGUUGUGGAGCCAUCGAUUCAACACACAUCAUAAUGACCCUUCCAGCGGUUCAAACAUCAGAUGAUUGGUGUGACCAAGAGAAAAAUUACAGCAUGUUCUUGCAGGGAAUUGUUGAUAAUGAGAUGAGAUUUCUUGAUAUUGUGACAGGUUGGCCUGGGGGCAUGACUAUGUCCAGGUUAUUAAAGUGUUCGGGAUUUUACAAACUCUGUGAGGGUGGUGAUCGGUUGAAUGGAAAUGUAAGAAUGUUAUCUGAUGGAGUGGAGAUUAGAGAAUUUAUAGUAGGUGGAGUUGGUUACCCUCUUCUGCCAUGGCUCAUAACUCCUUAUGAAAGUAAUGGCCUCUCAGCUGCCAUGUCUGAUUUUAACGCGGUGCAUGAGGCUGCAAAGUUUCUUGCAGUGAAGGCUUUCUUGCAGUUGAAAGGUAGUUGGAGAAUCCUUAACAAGGUCAUGUGGAGACCUGAUAAACGGAAACUGCCAAGUAUCAUCUUGGUAUGUUGUUUACUUCACAAUAUCAUUAUUGACAAUGGAGACAGUUUGCGCCCAGAUGUUGCAUUGUCUGGUCAUCAUGACUCGGGGUAUGUAGAACAGUGCUGUAAGCAAGGUGAUCCGCUGGGGAGAACCUUGAGGGAAAACUUAGUUAAGCACUUGCGGCUUUGUAAAUAGAUGGUUUGGUCAGAUUAAUUGAUCUUCCAUCUCUGUUCAAAGCUAUUUCUCACUAUGCUGGUCUAACCUCAUUUUGAGUUGGAGCACCCUUUAUCAGGUGUCAUUCGGAGUUGUAAUUAGUUGACGCAUUUUGAUGAGAAUGAGAAUAGCAAUGAACUGUAAUGUUCUUUGUUCUGAUGGUGCUGUUUCCUGGUAAGCACCAUGAACCACCAUCUGUUGCCAUUUCUCAGUUUAUCCUAUCUCAUUUGGGGCUGAUUUUGCAUUGGCAACUGUUUUGGUGUGGGAUCAAAUGCAUAUUUCCACCUCAGAAUAUCUUUCCAUGCAGAAGUGGGUUUCAUGAGGGUGUAUUUCGAUGAAAAUGAAAUCAUCUGAAUGGGUUUUCGUGGCACUGGGAAAUUGAAAUUAGUUAGAUUUGUUUUUAUGCAUGCGGGAUGGGAUAAUGCAUGUGCUUGGUGGUGGACUAUGGAGUAUUCUAAAAGGCCCGACACUACCAUCGUUGAGGCUCUCAUUGUUAUAUGUUAUACUUUCUGUUGUUAUAUUAUUGUUUCUGCAGAGUUGAUUCCUUUUCUGUGGAGACUUCUUUGUUGUUUAGGCACUUCAUUGUUCAGCAGCAUGUGGUGUGGGGAAAACCCUCAUGUAUUUUCAUGUAUUUUAUCAUUCUUUUCAUCUCAGAUUUCGCUAUCUGUUUUGUUCUGGUCGCAACUGAUUGAGAGUUAUGUCUACUUCACAUUAUCAGAAUUCUAUAUGAUACUGGUAUUUAUCGAAUAGCAAGCUUAUUGCA